ACUACUUGCGCAGAACCUCUCCACGGCGGCAGCCAUCUUUGUAGAUAAGUGAAGACGGUCAGCGGUAGAAGGCACCGGUCAUUAACGGUUAGGGCGAUAUUUGGCAACACAAAACACAUCUCAGCACCUGGUGCACACCCAGACACCGAGCAUCUGCUGAAGCGCAAUGACGCAGCUGCUUCCCAUCCGAUUUCAGGAGCAUCUACAGCUCCAAAAUGUUGGCAUCAACGCCGCCAACAUUGGUUUCAGCACCCUCACCAUGGAGUCUGACAAGUACAUCUGUGUGCGGGAGAAGGUGGGGGAAACGGCACAAGUUGUCAUCAUUGACAUGAACGACACAGCCAACCCCAUCAGGAGACCCAUCUCAGCUGACUCCGCCAUCAUGAACCCAACAAGCAAAGUCAUUGCACUGAAAGCUGGGAAGACCCUUCAGAUUUUCAACAUAGAGAUGAAGAGCAAAAUGAAGGCCCACACAAUGACAGACGAAGUAACUUUCUGGAAAUGGAUCAGUGUUAACACCAUCGGUCUCGUCACAGACAAUUCCAUUUACCACUGGAGCAUGGAAGGAGACUCCCAGCCACAGAAGAUGUUUGACCGCCACAGUAACUUGGCAGGCUGCCAGAUCAUCAACUACAGAACAGAUCCUAAGCAACAGUGGCUGUUAGUCGUGGGCAUUUCAGCUCAGGUCAGUCCAAAUGAGCAAAACCGUGUCGUUGGGGCCAUGCAACUUUACUCUGUGGAGCGUAAAGUCAGUCAACCUAUCGAGGGGCAUGCCGCAGCAUUUGUGCAAUUCAAGAUGGAAGGAAAUCCUCAGCCAUCAACACUGUUCAUCUUCAGUGUCCGGGGACCUCAAGGAGGGAAGCUGCAUGUAAUUGAAGUUGGACAGCCACCUCAAGGAAACCAGCCAUUCCCCAAGAAGGCAGUAGAUGUGUUCUUCCCAGUAGAAGCUCAGAAUGAUUUCCCUGUUGCUAUGCAGACAAGCCAGAAACAUGGCAUGGCUUUCCUCAUCACCAAGUACGGCUAUAUCCACAUGUAUGAUAUUGAGACUGGAACCUGCAUCUACAUGAACCGCAUCAGCAGUGACACCAUCUUCGUCACCGCACCACACGAGGCCACUAGCGGCAUCAUCGGAGUCAACAGAAAGGGACAGGUGUUGUCGGUGAGUGUGGAGGAGGACAACAUCGUGCAGUACAUCAACACCACCCUACAGAACCCAGACCUGGCUCUCAAGGUGUCAUCACGCAGCAACCUGCCUGGAGCUGAGGACUUGUUUGUCAGGAAGUUCAACAACCUGUUUCAGAAUGCACAGUACUCAGAGGCUGCUAAAGUUGCUGCGAGUGCACCCAAGGGUAUCCUGCGAACCCCCCAGACAAUCCAGCGUUUCCAGCAGGUUCCCUCCCAGCCCGGCGCCACCUCCCCACUCCUUCAGUACUUUGGUAUCCUGCUGGACAAGGGGCAGCUGAACAAGUACGAGUCUCUGGAGCUGUGUAGGCCUGUAUUGCAGCAGGGACGUAAACAACUCCUUGAGAAAUGGCUCAAAGAGGAGAAGCUUGAGAGCAGUGAGGAGCUUGGUGAUCUUGUGAAGCAGGCUGACCCAACACUUGCCCUGUCUGUCUAUCUGAGAGCCAAUGUACCAAAUAAGGUGAUUCAAUGUUUCGCGGAGACUGGUCAGUUCCAGAAGAUCAUUCUGUACUCAAAGAAGGUGAACUUCACACCUGACUACAUCUUCCUCCUGCGUAACAUCAUGCGCAUCAACCCUGAGCAGGGUCUGCAGUUUGCACAGAUGAUGGUGCAGGAUGAUGAACCCCUUGCUGACCUCAAUCAAAUUGUGGAUGUAUUCAUGGAGUUCAACCUCAUCCAGCAAUGUACAUCCUUCCUGCUUGAUGCCCUCAAGAACAACCGACCAUCAGAAGGUCCUCUACAGACCAGACUGCUGGAGAUGAACCUGAUGUCUGCACCACAGGUUGCUGAUGCCAUCCUAGGUAACCAGAUGUUCACACACUAUGACAAAGCACACAUUGCCCAGCUCUGCGAGAAAGCAGGUCUCCUACAGCGGGCCCUGGAACACUACACAGACUUGUAUGACAUCAAGAGAGCUGUUGUACACACCCAUCUUCUCAACCCAGAGUGGCUGGUGAACUACUUCGGCUCACUGUCUGUGGAGGACUCGCUGGAGUGUAUCAAGGCCAUGUUGACAGCCAACAUCCGGCAGAACCUGCAGGUGUGUGUCCAGAUCGCAUCCAAGUAUCAUGAGCAGCUUAGCACACAGAAUCUUAUCGAGGUCUUCGAGUCUUACAAAAGCUUCGAAGGUCUCUUCUACUUCCUGGGAUCCAUCGUGAACUUCAGCCAGGAUGCUGAUGUUCACUUUAAAUACAUCCAGGCUGCCUGUAAGACUGGGCAGAUCAAAGAAGUGGAGAGAAUCUGUAGGGAGAGCAACUGCUAUGACCCUGAGCGGGUCAAAAACUUCCUCAAGGAGGCCAAGCUGACUGAUCAACUGCCACUGAUCAUUGUGUGUGACAGGUUCGACUUUGUACAUGACCUGGUUCUCUACCUGUACAGAAACAGCUUACAGAAGUAUAUUGAAAUCUAUGUACAGAAGGUGAACCCUGCCCGUCUCCCUGUUGUUGUGGGAGGUCUUCUCGAUGUAGACUGUGGGGAGGAUGUAAUCAAACAACUCAUCAUGGUGGUCAAGGGACAGUUCUCCACUGAUGAACUGGUGGCUGAAGUAGAAAACAGAAACAGAUUGAAGUUGCUGUUGCCAUGGCUGGAGACAAGAGUACACGAAGGAGUGAACGAACCAGCUACACAUAAUGCUCUAGCUAAAAUCUACAUUGAUAGCAAUAACAACCCAGAGAGGUUCCUCAGAGAGAACCAGUUCUACGACAGUGUUGUCGUUGGAAAGUACUGUGAGAAGAGAGAUCCUCACUUGGCCUGUGUUGCAUAUGAGAGAGGACAGUGUGACCAGGAACUCAUCAAGGUGUGCAACGAGAACUCACUGUUCAAGAGUGAGGCAAGAUACCUAGUUAGGCGAAAGGAUGUUGAGCUGUGGGCUGAGGUACUCCAGGAGACCAAUGAGUACCGGCGCCAGCUCAUUGACCAGGUGGUGCAGACUGCACUGUCUGAGACUCAGGACCCAGAGGAGAUCUCCAUCACUGUCAAGGCCUUCAUGACCGCUGACCUGCCCAAUGAACUCAUUGAACUACUGGAGAAGAUCGUGCUGGAGAGCUCCGUGUUCAGUGACCACAGGAACCUACAAAACUUGCUGAUUCUGACCGCAAUCAAAGCUGACCGUACUCGUGUGAUGGAGUACAUCAACCGUCUCGAUAACUAUGAUGCACCAGACAUUGCCAAUAUCGCCAUAAGUAAUGAACUAUAUGAAGAAGCUUUCGCCAUUUUCAAGAAGUUUGAAGUCAACACAUCAGCCAUCUCUGUUUUGAUAGACAACGUGAACAACCUUGACCGGGCAUAUGAAUUUGCUGAGCGCUGUAACGACCCAGCCGUGUGGAGCCAACUGGGUCGUGCCCAACUGACCAAAGGCAUGGUGAAGGAAGCCAUUGACUCCUUCAUCAAGGCUGAUGACCCCUCACAAUACAUGGAGGUGGUGCAGGUGGCCGGUCAGAGCAACAACUGGGAAGACCUGGUUAAAUUCCUUCAAAUGGCCCGCAAGAAGGCCAGAGAAACAUACGUAGAAACAGAGCUAGUGUAUGCUUUCGCCAAGACCAACAGGUUUGCAGACAUGGAAGAGUUCAUCUCUGGACCCAACCAUGCUAAUGUCACUCAGGUGGCAGACCGAUGCUUUGAUGACAAGAUGUAUGAAGCUGCUAAAUUAUUAUACAACAACGUGUCCAACUAUGCCCGAUUGGCUAUCACUCUUGUCCACUUGGGAGAAUACCAGGGUGCUGUUGAUGGGGCCAGGAAAGCCAACAGCACAAAAACAUGGAAGGAGGUGUGCUUUGCAUGUGUAGACAAUGAAGAGUUUAGGUUAGCUCAGAUGUGUGGACUGCACAUAGUCGUACAUGCAGAUGAAUUAGAAGAACUUAUCAACUAUUACCAAGACAGAGGAUACUUUGAAGAACUUAUUUCCCUCUUAGAGGCAGCUUUAGGUUUGGAGAGAGCACACAUGGGUAUGUUCACAGAGUUAGCAAUAUUGUAUUCCAAGUAUAAGCCUGAGAAGAUGAGAGAACAUCUAGAGCUCUUCUGGUCCAGGGUCAACAUUCCAAAGGUUUUGUGAGCAGCCGAGCAGGCUCAUUUGUGGUCCGAAUUGGUGUUCCUGUAUGACAAGUAUGAAGAGUUUGACAAUGCAAUCCUAACAAUGAUGGCCCAUCCUACAGAAGCCUGGAGAGAAAGUCAGUUCAAGGAU